AUGUGGGGGUCGGAGGUGAGUAAAUUAACACCCUCCUCCCCACACCUGCCCCCCCCACACCUGUCUCCCACACCUGUCUCUCACACCUGCACCCCCACACCUGUCUCACACACCUGCUCCCCACACCUGUCUCCCACACCUGCUCCCUACUUAUUCCACCCUCACACCUGUCUCCCACACCUGCCCACACACACCUGCUUCCCAAUACCUGUCUUCCACACCUGUCUCCCACACCUGCCCACACACACCUGCUUCCCAACACCUGUCUCCCACACCUGUCUCCCACACCUGUCCUCCACACACCUGCUCCCUACACCUGGCUCCUACACCUGCCCCCAUACACCUGUUCUCCACACCUGCUCCCUACAUAUGCCAUCCUCACAUCUGUCUCCUACACCUGCCCUCCCACACACUUGUCCCAUACACACCUGUCCCGUACACAUCUGCUCCCACACCUGCCCCUUACAUCUAGCCACACCUGCCCUCCAAAUCUGUCCCCCACACCUGCCCAAACACCUGCUUUCCACACCUGCACACCACACCUGUCUCCUAUACCUGCCCCACACACCUGUCCUCCACACCUGUCCUCCACACCUGCUCCCUACAUAUACCACCCACACCUACCCAAACCUACUCCCACACCUGCCUCCCCACACCUCAAACACCAUCACCCCACAUUUACCCACACCUGCCCUUCCCUUGCCUGCUGUCCCCCUCCCUCCCCACACCUGCUUCCCACACCUGCCAUGGAGGAGGUGGUGA